CAGUGCCGCACAGGGCGUAGAUUCAUGCAUGAUUCAUCGGAGAGCUCAAAGUACCAUGCUUCAUUCGUGCAAACUGAGCCUACCGGCUGCUCAUGUGAAAUGCCACGUCAAACGCGAGAGCACUUAUUACGUGACUGCCCGUUAUUCAUAUGCCAACGCAUCCACUUGCACGCAGUAUCCAACAUCAACAUACUCAACAAGACCCUGGGUAUGGAGAAGGAGAUAGAGGCGCAAGCAAAACUCAUUCAUGAGCCUGACGCUUUCAAGAAGGUUGCCAUACUAAGACAUCCGUCAGGUUGA